CCAAAGUAAGGGGGGGGGAAACGAAGGCAAUAGGAGGGUUAAACAGCUCCUUCUGGUGACAAAAAAGGUUCAUUACAACUUCACAUGUAUUAGUAAUGCCCAGACCUGCAAGCACAAUAGUAUGCAUACAAUUGGUUGCAUUCCCCUUUAAGUUGGCCUAUUCUAAAAAUUGGUUUUCUAAUUUAUCUAAACCAGUGUUUAGUGUUGGGUACUUUUUCAAGAACUGCUAACUUGAACAACUCCCCACUCAACACCACCUGUCAGUAGGUUUGCAAAAAUACAUCCGCCAAGUCUGAAGUCCUGAAAUGGUUGUCAAGAUACUCAAAAGACAUAAAGACAGACAGAGAUUACUUCGACCCUAGUAAGAUUGUUGUAUUUGUCAUUCAGAUGGAUAUCCUUCCAAAAGCCAGUCUGGAAACCUUGGAUACAUCUUCAGUUGAGGCUAUUGUCUUUGACCACCAGUCCCCUUGUACCACCUUUGGUGCCUUACCUCCAUCACCCCCAUCCCCUCCCUCACCAUCAUCCACGCAAUACCUGGAUGAGUUCAUCUCCUCAGGUGCCAUCCUUUUGUCCCAGAAGCUCAGAAAUCUGGGGCUGCAGACUGGUGGAAGCAGUGAGACGAGGUCAGCUCUGGAAACCUCCUGUUUCCUCACCCCGCCCAACACCCCCCACAUCGUAGAUCGUGUUCAUUUGGUGAGGCCAGACCAGGAAAGAUGGAUGAAUGGGGAAAGUGAGAAACUUCUCACCUCGGAUGUAGAUGCACAUGAUGAAGGUGGAUUGGUGUUUGAAUGUCUGUCUGCUCUUAAAGUAGACCGUUUUAAUUCAGAUUGCCCCAGGAUGGAGAGAUGUGUUGAACUGAAAGAGGAAAUGGAGGAGGAUGACCAUUAUGACGACAAUAAUGAUGAGGUUUUUAGCUUGGAGCUGGAGCGAGGGGAAAGAGGACUCGGUCUUGCUCUGGUUGACACAAGGGACACGCCCUUGAAGGUGAAAGGCAUCUUUAUCCGUGCUGUAGUGCCAGACUCUCCUGCAGCACGCUGUCAGAAGCUGCUGCCAGGAGACAGGAUCCUGGCUGUUAAUGGAGUCAGUCUGCUUGGACUGGACUACCACAGUGGCAAGGAUCUGAUCCAGUCAUCAGGGGAGAGACUGAGGUUACUGCUGGCCAGAGCUGACUGGAUGACUAAGGCUGUACAGACUGAAUGCUGACGGCCUUUUUUUAUUGUUUCUUUUAACCAAGAAACCAUCAGCGCACUUGAAGAUAAUUAUAAGAUCUUGCUCAACAUUGAAGCUCAGGACAUGUGCCGUAAUAUAAGUUUACUGUAUGGGUGAUGUAAAGAUAAAAAUGCACUAUAAAAUGAGUCCUGUCCUUGUAUUUAGUAUAGUUUGUAUUUGCUUAAUGUAGUCUUGAAGCGUUUUCUUUUACAUUGUAACAUGAUAUAUUGAUGUCUAUAUUUGAGUUUGUGCUCAAGUGAAUACAGAAUAUUGAUUCCAGACUGCUUACCUUAACUUGAAAUGUUUUAUUAGUCAUAGCCAUCUUCAUACAUUCUCUAUAAGGCAAAGUCAUUUCAUUGUCACUUUCAAUUCUUGGUAUGACCAUGUCUGAUAUCUCAUUUGUGUUGUUAUGAACGUACAUAUACAAGUAAGGAGACCUGAGGCUCAUCAAGUUUAUUCUUUUAUAAUGCCAAGUAAAAGUUGAUCCGAAGUUU